AUGUCUAAUGCUAUGGAGACCAAUGUGGAGGAGAGCGAAACUGGCUCCCUUUACCCAAUCGCUGUCCUGAUCGACGAGCUCCGUAAUGAAGAUGUGCAGCUUCGUCUCAAUUCGAUUCGGAAACUCAGCACCAUCGCCCUUGCUCUGGGCGUCGAACGAACUCGUACCGAGCUGAUCCAGUUCCUCACCGAUACCAUCUACGACGAAGAUGAGGUUUUACUCGUUUUGGCUGAACAACUCGGCAACUUCACUCCCCUUGUCGGCGGGCCCGAUUAUGUUCACGUCCUCAUCCAACCUUUGGAGAACCUGGCCACCGUUGAGGAGACCGUUGUCCGCGAUAAGGCUGUCGAGUCCCUGCGAAAAAUCGCCGAGAAGCACAGCAGCGCCUCCCUCGAAGAACACUUCAUCCCCAUGGUCCGACGCCUUGCAAACGGCGAUUGGUUCACCUCCCGUUCCUCGGCAUGCGGCCUCUUCAGCGUUUGCUAUCCCCGUGUCAGCCCAGCCAUCAAGACUGAGCUGAGGACUAUGUACCGUCAGCUAUGCCGUGACGAUACUCCAAUGGUGCGCCGAGCUGCGGCCGGCAAAAUGGGUGAAAUUGCUAAGGUGCUCGAAAAAGAUGUGCUGCUGGAAGAUUUUAAUCAGAUGUUCCGUGAUCUUGUAGAGGAUGAACAGGACUCCGUUCGCCUGCUAAUGGUUGAUGCUUGCAUCUCCAUGUCCUCCGUCAUCCCCAAGGCCGACAUGGUUCGCCUGGUCAAGCCGGCGUUGCACAGCCUCAUCGACGAUAAGAGCUGGCGCGUCCGCUACAUGGUUGCCGAGAAAUUCGUUGAGCUUCAAACAGCCUUGGGUGGUAUGGAUGAGGCAUCCGCCAACGAGCUUAUCAACUACUUCACCGGCUUGCUGAAGGACCCAGAAGGCGAAGUGCGCGGCUCGGCCGCUCAGCGCAUCGAAGGCUUCUGCAAGGCACUCCCUGAGAGUGUCCGUGAGAAGACCAUCAUCGACAACAUCCUCCCGGUCAUCAAGGAGCUGGUCUCUGAUCCAAACCAGCACGUGAAGGGUGAACUCGCCUCGGUCAUCAUGGGUCUUGCUCCGCUGGUCGGCAAGCAAGUGACCGAAUCUAGCCUGCUCCCCAUCUAUACCGCCAUGCUUCGUGAUUCGACGGCUGAAGUGCGCUUGAAUAUUAUUUCUUCCCUCAACAAGGUGAGCGACGUUAUCGGCUCGAGCGCAAUGCGCGAUGAAGUGCUUCCGGCCGUCAUCGAACUCGGUGAAGAUGGAAAAUGGCGUGUUCGCCUAGCACUGGUCACUCUCAUGCCCCUCCUUGCCCAACAACUGGGUCGCGAGUUCUUCGAAGAGAAGCUACUCCCGCUCUGCGUCUCCUGGCUGACCGAUCAUGUGCACGCCAUUCGCGAAGCCGCUUCUGCCACCUUGAAGGAGUUGACGCAAACAUUUGGAGGGGAAUGGGCCGCGAACGUGUUGAUUCCCAAGGCUCUGUCGCUUUCAAAAGACAACAACUACCUGCACCGUCAAACGGCGCUGUCGUUGCUCACCGGACUGAGUGAGGCCGUCGGAGCCGACCAGACUGUUUCAGAGAUCCUGCCCAUCAUCAAACAGAUGGCCAGCGAUAGUGUGCCCAACGUUCGUUUCAACGUCGCCAAAUGUUUGGUCCGAGUUGGCAAGAUUGUGAAUACAUCCGUGCAACAAGGCGACAUCAAGCAGGCCCUGACUCAGCUCUGCAACGACCCCGAUUUCGAUGUCCGUUUCUUCGCCGAUGAAUCUCGUGUGGCGCUCAGCCUU